AUGGAACCGUCAUCCGCAGAAUGCCUUGGCGCGAGCCCUACUUUGGACACUAGCAACAUCUCUUUGCAAUCAAGAAUCGCUAGCAUUCGUUACACGAGUGCUGAACAUGGGGAUCUCAAGGGUUUUUUCGUUGAGACGGUCUGGCCUAAGCUAGCGCCUUGUUAUGAAGACCUUGUUGGAGAAGUCCAAAAAAUAUGUCGCGAGGAGCUGGAAAGACAAAGGAUUGAGUUCUGGAUUUCAGGAAGGGUGAAGAAAGCAGGAUCCAUUGAGAAAUCCAUUGAGCGCCGUGAAAAAACGCAGCUCGGCCGGGGAGGGCGUGGAUACGAAUCUGUCGAGGAUAUAUUCCGUGCAGUUCAUGACCUCGCUGGUGUUCGAAUUGUGCUCAGAUUUGACACAGAUGAAGAAGCUGUCAAAGAACUCAUCCGAAGGCGGUUCGAAUUCCAGGAUGAGACACAGUUCCCCAACAAGAACGCUCCUAAACCUUCAUACGAACCACGAUUCGGAAGUUACGAGGCAGUCAACUAUCGUUUCAAACUUAGAAGCGAAGACACCAAGGUGCUUUCGAGCUUCUCGGGGGUGUUAUUCGAGGUUCAGCUAACUGAUAUUGUGAACUAUCUACAUAACCAGCUAGCACAUCCCUUUUUAUAUAAAGGGAUAGCCUCGGAUCUGGGUGUCGAAGACAGGAUUGUCAUAGACAUAUCCCGUGGGUUAGCGCGAUCAUAUGCACUCUGUCUGGUUUACUUCAAAGACAAGGAGGGAAAGAGGCUUAGCAAAAGCAAGGUAGAGGCUGAGCUAGGGCAACCAUUGAUGAAGGAAAUUGGGCUCCAUGAGUCAAACGCUUCGGCACCAGUCCCCAACCCACCGCUGCAAACUACUACGGAAGAUACAGCAUCCGAGUUCGUCGAAAACCUAAGCCAGAGGGCAGGGAGAGAGAUGCGGAUUGAGGACAUUCGCGGGUUAUAUGAGAUCAUGCGAGGGGGGUGUGACUCCAUCACUGACCUCAGACUCCAGCUUGUCCGUGAGCUUGAUAAGAUUCGCAACACAGACCAACCAGCCGUGAGGCUUCCAAAUGUUCAUGCAGCAGCAUACGACAGCGGAGAUGAUCAACACCUUUCCUUUUGCCAGGAUGGCACCCGGGUAGAGUUAUUAAAAGAGGUCACAGGCUGGAUAUACGGAUCCCACGAAGAAACGAUUUUGUGGAUCAACGGUCCCGCUGGAAUUGGGAAAUCUACUGUCAGCCGAACCGUCGCUCAUAUGUGUGACGGAAUGGGUGUGUUGGGGGCAAGCUAUUUCUUCCGGCGAGGGGAAGAUGCCCGCAGCGACCCCCUCCGUAUCAUCCCGACUCUUGCAACACAGCUUGCUGCCACUGUUCCGGGAUUCGGAAAGGCUCUGCGAGAAUCCCUAGAUGACCCCCGGAAUGAAGGUAUUGAGAGCAAAAACAUAAAAAAGCAGUCUGAAGCUCUUCUCUUGACCCCGACCAGAGGGGCUAUCAAAGCCAAUUCAACAACCACCUCGUCAAGGCCUAUGCUCAUCGUCAUUGUUAUCGACGCGCUAGACGAGUGCGAGGGAGAUCCCAGUGUCCACCAAGGACUACUGAAAGCAUUGGCAACUUUAGGCUCCAUUGACAGGGUGCGAUUCCGUGUUGUGCUCACAAGCAGAGAGGCUCACGAAGUCGACGCCGCCAUAAACCAAGAUAUCCCACAGCGAGCCUGGCGCGCUUUGCCUCUACAUAAAAAGUUUCAAGAGCAAACAGAAGUCGAUAUCUCUAGGUUUUUCGAAGCCCAAUUUGAGCGCAUUGCACGCAAGAAAAAUAUCCGCGAGACAUGGCCUAGCGCAAGCGACCUCGAGCGUGUGAUUGAGCUCGCCAAUACUCCAUCACCAUUAUUCAUCUACGCUGCAACUCUCUGCCGUUACAUCUAUAAAGGAGACGGAAGGAAAAAUCCAAAGCGUCUACUGCAUGAUUGGCUGAGACAGGUGGAUAAUAAUGCUUCACAGCUUGAUCAGAUCUACAUGCCAAUCCUAGAUUAUGUUUUCUUUGGGAGGCACAAGGACACUGACGAGCCCGACCCGCUUAACGAAGAAGAGCAACUUCAACUCCGACAGCUUCUUAGUGCCCUAGUCGUCCUCGGCACUCCCCUCACACCUCAGGCCAUUAGCGAUCUACUAGAGAUCCCGCUGGAUGAUACCGAUCACUACCUUCGCAAUCUCCAUGCAGUUGUACAUCUCCCAGAAGACCCAGAUAUGCCUGUACGUCUCUUCCAUCAGUCUUUCCGAGACUUUCUCGUGGCAGAGGGGAAAGGCAGGGAGUUCUUCCAUGUGGAUGAGCGCGAGGCCAAUAGGUGGCUCGCGCAAGAUUGCUUGAGGGUCAUGCGCAGCUUACUGAAGCAAGACAUUUGCAAUACCAAGGAGCCCGGCAUUCUAAGGCAUGAAAUAGCAGACGAGGCCGUAGAAAAUCAUAUUCCGCAGCAUCUCCGAUACGCCUGCUGUUUUUGGCUUCAUCAUGAGACGAUUCUGGAUGUAGCAGAGGUUCGCGAGUUCGUGUACACGCACCUAUUGCACUGGAUAGAGUGUCUCGCUAUCCUAGGCAAGUAUAGAGAUUGCCUGGAGCUUCUGGAACACCUGUUGGAUAAGUGCCGGUCAACGCCGGAACUUGGCACAAACCAUGAUAUAUGCCGGCUUGUGGAAGAUGCACUUCAGUUCGCCAAAAUCCAUGCGGCAGUCAUCCGGCGAGCGCCACUGCAAGUAUACGCCUCAGCGCUGACAUUCCUCCCGCAAUCGAGUCGUGUUCGGUCUCACUUUUGGAAAGACAGGUGGCCAUAUCUCAAAAUCGCUCAGGGUAUCAAACAAGUAUAUUCUAGUACGCUUGAGGGCCAUACGGAUCGGGUUACUCAUGUCUCCUUUGCCCCUGAUGGAAAAUGCCUGGCAUCUGCGUCAGUCGACCUCACGAUACGGCUUUGGGACGUAGAUCUGGGCACAUACCGACUGUUACUCGACAUAGACUCUGUUGCACAUGACAUUGCGUUUUCUUCCGACGGUGCAACGCUCAUGUGCGUCACUCGCACCAGCGUUUUUAGCUGGGAUGUCACAACUGGAACACCCCAAAACAUCGCCUGGCCCACGCUUCCGAAAGGCCGUAGAUCGCUCUCACCCAGCAGCAAGAUGCUUACCAUCGCUACUCGAGAACACAAAGAAGGGGCCAUCGUUGGUCAUAUUCAGGUUUGGGACGUUGCUCAGCGCAGCCGCAAAUCCACAAUAACCGAUGUCCGCUGGCUUGGAUAUUUUGCCUUUGACCUGGAGAGCAAUAUGCUAGCCUUCAGCUCCCACAACUCAAUCAGUUUGUGGAACAUCCCAGGCGACACAAUGGAUUGGAGUGUCGGGACCCCUAAGUCUGCAGAGGUUGGAUCGCUCGUCAUCCGAUCAAACAAGGUCUGGGCCCAUGUCAGGAACAACAUUCACGUUUUAAACAUCAAAACUGGCGGGGUUGAUCGGGAAAUUAACCUUGCUGAAAUCGGGGAGAUAUCGGACAUUAUAGUCCCAACAGAUGGUGAAACUAUAAUCGGAUCCUGCGUCGACGAAAAAAUACGCAUCUGGGAUAGUGUAAAGCCUAGGAAAGGGUUUGUGAUUGGGAGCGCGGAAGGCAUCACCGGCCGGCUGGCCAGUGGACCGAAUGGACGCACGAUCGUAUCCCCUUCCAAAGGAAACGGAAUUAGACUUUGGACUAUUCCGGAGAGAUGGAGAGAGAUCAACCAACUCUCCCAUGGACCCGCUAGGGGCAAUGUCAAGUGCGUAGCCCUUUCGCCAGAUGGUACAACUAUUGCAGCGGGCUCAAGGGAGACCGUUCAACUAUGGAACGCCGAGACGGGUAGCGAGCGCCGCGUGCUUACGGGGCAUGGAAGCCCGGUGGACGCAGUAGCUUUCUCGCCCGAUAGUAGAUACCUUGCCUCCUCUUCGUCAGGCGUCGCCCGUCUCUGGGAUAUGAUGACAGGAGAAGAGAAGCAAUCGGCGAGCUGUGUUAGCGGUAGUUAUAUCGGCACAAAUGCUGGAGAGCCAGGCCAAUCACCAGACCGCGACAGCAGAUGGGCCGAAUGUGGCCUUGCCUUCUCAGGGGACGGCCAAGCUCUGGCAUGUGCAUCGCAGAUGGGAAUGCGUGUCUGGGAUGGCACGACGGGCGUCUUCCGCUUCACAAGUUUAUUUUUCAAGGCCCAAGAUCGAAGCAAGGCUUUCCCAACAGAUCGCUGUACCAUUUUCUCACCCGAUGGAAGUACUUUAAUCACGGCAAAUGGGAAUGCCGCAUUGUUUUACGAUGCGGGAAGUGAGGGGAUACAUUCUCCUUACGGACUCGAGUACGAUGUGUCGCCGUUGUUGGAUUUGGGGGGGUGA